AUGAUAUCGUUGGAUCGAAGUUUACCGGACUAUCGUUCCAAGGAGUGUCGCGAAAUCAAAUACGAUGAUAGCUUGCCACGGGCUUCUGUUAUCAUAAUUUUUACCGAUGAGGCCUGGUCACCACUGAUGCGCACGGUGCACUCAGUGGUCAAUCGGUCACCGCUUCAUCUUCUUCACGAAGUCAUCCUGUUGGAUGAUUUUAGCCAACGGGUUGCCAAAUUGCUCGGCCAUCUGGUGCUCGAUUGCUGA